UUUAAUUGUGAGUCAUCUGUCAUUCAUGUUGUGUUGUCACCUCAUACUAUCAGUCAGGAGGGAGAGUGUGGUCACAACAUUGCAAAUUUGAUUCUUGUUAUUCUGCCCUUGAGUAGAGCUAACAGUUAUGUCUGGCAAAUUUUGAGAAAUAGGUGCUUGAUCGAAUUUGUAGCUAGAUGCUGCUGGGCAACAUCAAAUUUAAUGAGCCAAGGGGAAAGAAGUUCUUAUGAUUUUGCUUUGUUUUGUUUAGUUUAAAAAAAACAGGAUAGAAGGUUCUUCUCAUACAAUGUUAAAAAAGUCAUUAACUAAUCAUUAUUGUGUCAUUUCUGACCUAUUUUAUUUAAAGCAUCAUUGGAGCCUUUUUGUAGCUACUAUGAAUUUUAGAGCUUUCCUAAUUACUCCAGAACAUACAUAAGCAACAAGUACAAUUAGGUAAAAGGAAUAGGGAGAGUCGCUGUUAAAAGGAUUAUAACAGCAUAAUGACUACUAUCUGUUGAUCUCACGCUGAACUAAGUGGGUUUUCUAAGUAAAAGCUCUUUUUACUCUCCAGCUGUUGCACUUAAGAAUAUGUUUUGGACUGAUAAGCAACUUUCGUCUAUUUCGGAAUUAUUCAGUCCUGUCUAAUUCGAUGACUCACUAGACGACCUAACUUCAGACAGAAAGAAGUCUUUGUAUGCUCUGAAUCUCGAAAGUCAUUUCGAUAUUCUGUUGGCUUUUGCAAGCGCAAUGGAAAGAGCAUAAAUUUGUUGCUGCAGAAGAAUUCAACCAAUCAUGAGAAUACCUAAACUGUAAAAGAAUGCAUUGCCUUGGCUGAGGCUGGAAUAUCACCUUACAGUGGAGAAACAUGUCACCAUCCACCAUUGCUGAUUUCUUUGUUCAUGUUUCUGGAAGACAAUCUUUCAUUCUGUGUUCCUUACCUUUUCAUACUUUGUGACAUUGUUGGUGGUUAUCUUCUUAUGAAAGGAGCUAAACAUUUUGUUGAAAAGCAGAUUAGAUACCAAACACUUAUAAAGCACAGGCCUGACGUCGAGACUCUGCUAUGGGUAAAGGAGGACCUUCAUCAUAUUCCCUAUUUUGUUGGGUUAUUGUAUCUUUUUAAUCCAUUUUCACUAGUGACCUAUGGAGCUUCUUCAACAGUUUUGAUAAACAACUUUUUGACUUGCAUAGUUCUUUUCUUUUUGGUGAAAGGUUAUGAAAAAUGUGCUACAGUAGUGCUUGCCUUGGCGUGCUAUUUGUCAUUUUAUCCAAUCAUGCUUCUAAUACCAAUCGCCUUGUCUCAUACCGAGGAUGGCAGCAAGAUAUCUUGGAGAAAAGUAACAAGCAUUGUCUCUGUUUUCCUAAUGAUGUCGUGUGUUCUCCUUCUUUGCUCGUUCAAAGUUUUCGAGAGCUGGGAUUUUAUCAACGCUGUUUACUUUUUUAUACUCAAAGUUCCUGACCUGACUCCGAACAUGGGCCUUUUCUGGUACUUUUUUCUUGAAAUGUUCGAGCAUUUCAGGCUAUUCUUUUUAUGGGUUCUGCAGCUUCACACAUUCGUGUAUCUCAUUCCUUUCGUAGUUUUAUUCAGAAAUCAACCAAUAUUUUUGUGCUAUUGUCUAAUUGCAACAUGCAGUUGGUGUAAAUCGUAUUCAUCUGUUGGUGACGUGAUUAUUCCAUUGGCUAUUCUACCGUUAUGGAGAAAUAUAACCCCAUACUUUCGUUCUCUGUUUGUUGCGAUUGUGAUGCUGCUAUUUUCUGCGAUCUUGGCACCUGUUCUCUACCAUCUGUGGGUGUAUGCCGGCAGCGGAAACGCCAAUUUUUUCUAUGCAGCAACUUUGGCUUUCAACCUAGCUCAGAUCCUUCUUCUGAGUGAUGUUGUUUAUGCCUACUUAAGAAGAAAAUUUCACUUAAAACACGGACUAAAUCCUUUGACCGAAGAUAAAGAAGAGGGUGUCAUAGUUAUGAAGUAGGUAUUCCUUAGUAAUAUUAGUAUCUUAGUUGAUAUUGACUGUCAAAAAUUAAAAGUUCUAGUAUCGACUUACUCCUCUCUUUCUGUGCACUGGAUACCGUUGUAGUUCAUCAUAUCACCAACAGAUCUUUAUUGCUGCAUUGCUAAAAUGACUUAUUAACAAUGCCCUAAAACCAUCGAUCAUCAGCCUACGCUGGAUACGAAUAGGUGAAUUUUCAGUAGAUUUAAACUUCGACAAACAUGUUUAGAGGAAGAUAGUGUGAAUAUGAUCAAAUUAUCAAAAAGUCUUGGGAGUCUUUCUUUUCUUUCACAUCUUUUAAUGACAUCUUUUGUGCAACUACUUAAUUUUGUCAGUUCGUAAGAAGUCUUCUACAUUGCGGUUUUUGAAAAUUUAGCAUUUAUGAAAAUUCCACACUCGCAUGAUUUCAUCGAAACCUUGCAUUGGAAUUUUCGGUACAAUCUUUUUGCAAAAAUAAAGCUCUUAGGAAACUUAUUUCCAAGCUGGAUCAUUUCUUAUAUAAUCUCAAAAAGGUAUGGUUCAUAGGGUUCAAAAAAGGAUAGAAAAAAAAUUUUACUUUGCAGUAUGAAAAAAUUUUGACUCUAAAACCCACAUGUUUCUACAAUGGUAGAAUAUCCAAGCAAAAGGCUCUCAAUGAAUUACAUGGAAAAAUUUCAGACAAGCAGAAGUUUUGUUUUUGAAAGAUAAUUUUUUUAAAAGCAAGAGCAGGAACAUUUAAGAAAUUAAGAGUCCAAGAUGAAAAUUGAUUGAUGUUUCUCUUGUGGUUUACUCGUGUACCAAAAUUAAAACUAAAUCUAUAAGAAAAUGUAUCUAGAUGUAUGUUCAGUAGUUUUGCUCUAUGAAAAACGAUAUGUCCAUGGUAUAGAGCUCAUUAGCCGUGAAUCUUGCUUUCAACAUUCUUCUCCAAUAUUGUUCUGUAUAACGUAAAUCUUUAUUGCAAAGUACUCUUGACGAUUCCUUUGAAAGCGAAAGGUUCAGAUUCCCAAUCAAAUUACAAGACAAGUCUAUAACUUUUUGUAAAUAUUGUUUGAGCUUUUCAAGCGAAAAUUGUUCGAAUUUGAAAAGAAUUUCAUUGCAAGUAUGACCUUCUAAGACAUUUUUUAAAACGAAAUAAUUUUAGAAUUGAAACUACAGAUAGAGCCAUUACCAAUAUAUAUUUGUUUAUAAAUAACGAAAAAUGUUGAACUCGGAAUAAUUUUGAACUCGGGAAAAUUUUGUUAGUGGAAUUGUAUUUGAAAAUUUUACAUCUAGUCAACCUUAUCAAAGUCAUAUCCAUGAAGUCGCGAAGGCCUAGAUUUAAUAUCUAGAUUUUGGUUGAAAUGUUUUGCUAAAAACUUAACAGUAGGAGUAUAUCAGGCGAGAAUGUGUGGAAACAAUCGAAAAUUUUUCAAAGCCUAUAACCUUACUUAAUUAUCAAAACUCGACCCCUUUAAAAAGUUGCCAAACUAUCAAAAACUACUAUCAUUC